AUGAAUUCUGAUGCGAAUUCCGAUGAAGAAGGGCAGGUUUCCGCUGAAUCUGAGGACGAGAUCGCGGUAAGAUCUCCUUUCUUUUUUCCUCUUCCCCUCUGGCCAUACAGACUCCUGAUGAUGCCUCCUUGAUUUUCUAACCUUUUAUCUCGUAUUUUAGCCAUUAGAGCCUGUUGAAAACAUUGUCGAGCCAGAAAGUGCAUCCGGUCCCUCUUCGGAAAGUAAUCUUGACCUCCAAAGAACGGAAGAAGAAUAUCCGGAAUGCUUCAACGGUGUUCAAGGCUUUUUUAAAGCGUCUUACAGCCUUAACUUCCCCGAUGAUGAUGCUCUUUUGUUUUUAUGUGGGCCUUUUUGGAUCACUCCGCGAGAUUCUCCCAAUUUUGUGAGAGUAAGGCGGAUAGAUACGUCUAGUCCUAUGUUUUAGUAUGACAAGCCGUUCUCGGGGUUUAGUAAGUAUUUGAAAGGAAUUGCCAGUACGAUGCACCAGACUCCGCACAAUUCCAUGAUCGUUUUUUCCAAUCCCGUUUGGUUCGAGGGAGACGAUUCAGUUCAAUUUCAACGGCGGAAUCUGAUAAAUGGGCUUCUCAACUAUUACAAAUGGGUAAGGAUACUGUAGUUUGGACGCUGGAAAUUGAGGGAGUUUAAAGUUGUAGUCAUCACUUUAUCUGAGUCUUGAAUUAAAGGCUUUUUGUCGUUUUUACUAUGGUAAGAUGGGUGUCGUAUUAAAAUUGUUAUGUAAUGUUGUUAUGAACCUAUUUUCAGAUCAUGAACAAGAUCUUGAGUCGAGUUCGUAUCGAUUUUUUCGUGGCCGGAUUCCCCAUCGACCCCAAUCAGGGCAGUUUAAGCGAGGAUCUUGAUUACUUUAAUCAAAAAGGUGCUUGUUUAUUUGGCAAUCGCUUUAUUUGGCCGUCCACUUUCCUCAAAAUCCCUUUAUAUCUUUUGCCCGACCAAUCAAAGGUCAUUGAAUGUCUGUAUUACAUCAUCAAAAGUUACGCUUACAGUAUUUCGGAAAGUGAUCAGGGAGAAGAUGGAGGUCCUUCAUUUGGAUUUACUGUAAGCUAAAACUACGACAGAUGUAUCUCGUAACGUUUAGGAACAAUACAGAGAAGAGACACGGCGAUAUCAGCAGCUAUUUGCCCCGCUGGUUGAUAGAUCACCCAUGGCGGUGGUCGUAUGUGGAAGAUACUGGCCGAAGAUAACUCUGGAGGAGGUGGAUUACAUCAGUGUGAGUUUGGGGAUGAAAUGGCAGGAGUUAAUGAAACCAUUUUUUAUAUUAGUAUUUCUGGAAAGUCGCCGGAUUGAUUUUUGGCGUUGCACUGUGCGAAAAAAAGUCAGGGUGCGAGCGACAGCCCCAAAAAGCACGGUGCAAAAACCAAAAAUUGCACAGUGCAAAGUGAACUUUCGUUUUCGCAGAGUGCUUGUCGCCGAUUCGUCCGGCGACAGGACUAGUAUUGGGGUACCGGUCCUAAAAUUGACAAAAUGGGGCCCGUUUGCCACCCCUGAAUUACAUACACAUGACGGUCAUUGAAUUUCAGGUGGAUAUCUCGUGUUCGGACUUAACCAAGUUCACUUAUCAUCUAGCUGACUUCCUGGAGCAGGCUGACUACUCUUCUGUCCUCGUCUUCCCUUGUCUUUCGUGGAUGGCGCAGACUGUAGAUGUUCAAGAACGUGGCCGAGUGAUUGGAGCUCUGGUUUCUUUGCGGAACCGUGUCUCCAAGAAAAUGAAUAAUGAUUACUGCAAUGUCUUCAUUUCCGGGUAUCCUAUCGAUCAGGGCAACUUUAACUGGUUCAAUGUUAGAUCCACAACGCAUUUCGGAUCUUGUUUCGUCAAUUUCAAGAGCUUUUUACCUCCAAAUAUGGAGGAUUUCUUCAAAAGUAAUGCAACCAGACAUCAGAAGAAGGCCGUCUUGGGCAAAGGGAUGAAACUGAUCGUCAAUAAAGUCAGACGAUUCUCGGUUGUAAGUUUACACAAGAAAACAAACCUUUUAUGACACAUUUUCUGGAUUAAUCGAAGAAAUGUGUCAUUAUGACAGAUUAUUUAGAGUAUCGAUCAGGACUUCGUGAUGCACUCAAUUGACAGUUUAGCGACCUCUUAGUUGUUCUUCGUAGAGAAUAGUUCAAUGAUUGGGUUUAUUAAUCAUUUAUUACAUUUAUAUUGUUUACGGUUAAAUAAAAAAAUAUUUUCAAGACAUCACGCUUUCAGGCACUCGCAAAGGGAAUGUCGGUUAUCUGCGAUGAUCCAAUGGAUAUUGCUUCAGAUUCCGAAGAAAAGGACGAAAUUGUGAGUUUUUGUAUGACACUAAAAUAAUAUAACUUCCCGCAAAAAUUAAAAUAAAGAUGAUGAAGAUGUGUGAAGUAGGGUUGAAUCUUGAUUUAAUAUUUUAUUCGGCCAGCUUUUUUCUCUACAGCAACAUUGUAUUCCAGAUUGUAUUGGAGAACAACCCUCCUAUGGAAGUGGAGGAUGGAGAGGUGAGCUCGGCCGAUUCGGAUGACUCGGUUACUCUCCUAUUCGACAGUGCGACGGCGAGAGGGGCAGUAUCCAAAAAGAAGAAGAAAAAGAAGGGAACUGUUAACAUCAAUGUAAGACUUAUGCAAUUUGAUAGUUAUUUCGCAAUUUUAGGCAAAAGUCACAAAGUCCAAAUUGACUUCCCAACCACAAGUUCCUGUUUCUCCUCCAAAAUUGUUAUUGGCGUUUAAUAAGGGCUUAAAUUCCUCUGCGUCCAAUCCAAGCCUUCAGCCAAAAAUCGAAUCUCGUUCAUCGAGCGUUGGCUCCAGCUCGACCGCCCCCACGGUAAAAGCUUCGUUUUGCAUCAUGUUGCAUUUUUAGCCCAGCCCUCAAGAUCCUCGAUCGUACGGAUUUUUCAAUUCUUCAUUGGCUUCCAAACUUCCAAAGCCCCCGACGCCUCCGAUCAGCUCGAUCCAAGUAACAAAUAGAGCCAGCUACGUGAAUGUUCUCCACAAUCCCCAGUCAGCACUCCCACCAUCUAAUUUCGAUCCGCAAGGAUUGGAGCAGGCAGCUCGGAGUUGGGCGGUAAGAUAAGCAAUUGUCUCUGAAUUACGUUUUGUUCUUUAGGAAUCGAAUAGCAGUGUAAAUCAUGGUACAACUGAGCCACCGAGUGGGUUUGGCAGCGAACAAGGGAGCAAAUUCCUGAGUAACCAGCCUAAUAUAACAUCGAUGAAUAUUCAGCAGCCAAUCCGAACUUUCUUUAAUUUUAAUGUGAAGGAGAAUGCAAAUGCAAGCGCGACUGUGACUUUGAAUAACAGUACGGAAGCUCCAUCUUCUAGUGGAAUCUCGUCCUUAUUCUCAGCAUCAGCAAUUGUCCCCAGCUCGGUUAGAACAUUGGAUCCCAGACUUCAACCAAGAAAUAGACCGGCCGUGACGAGCACAGUGACUUCGGAGGCCUCUACGCUCCCCUAUAAAUCAUUUGCAAAUUCCAUUCCGGCCCCAACUUCAAAUGCAGGGGUUUCUGUGAGCGUUAGUGGGCUCUUCAACAUCACCAAGAGCUCAGGAGAUCCAAAAGUGUCAAACUCAGGAGUUACUAAUAUUCCAGGACGACCCCCGGUUCAGGCCCCGUACAAUAUGAAUAAAAUACCGCUGAAUGCCAAUCUUGCUCAACCCCCACCGAUUUUCUCGCCCUUUUCUGUUGGAAAUCCUCUUCCGAUGUCGACCGGUCAGGCGCAAGGUUUAGCACAGCCUUCUCCGAUUCCUACCGUAACCCACGCACAGCCAACCGUACCUAAAAUACCAAGCCUCUUGUCCUUUGUACCGACUUUAUUUACAAAGUCAGGGCCAGCAAACACAACCAUCGAACAGCAGAAGAAAGUGUUACUGGAUUUCAUUCAGAACAAUGUGGCAACAGAAGGCUGUUUGGGAGUGAGCAAUAAUGCAGACUUGAGGGAUGGAAACAAGUCAAACAUGGACUCAAUGUAUGCUGGAAUGGUAAGAGAAGGGUGAAUUUUUAAUUUGGAUUUGUUGACUAUUUGAAUUUGUAUUAUUUUAUAAUUUUAUUAUUAUAAUUGGUUCCAGAAUCAAGCGACAGCUCAAAAUGUACAGAAGAAUGUUUUUCAGCCGGUACCCCCUCCGAAUUAUAGAUCGGUGAGACCACAGAACCUGAAUCUAAGCGGGGGAAGUUACAGGGACAUGGGUGGUGAGUAUAUUUAUUAUUAUUUUUUGUAUUAAGAGUAUAUUAUUGGCUGUAAUGGUCAAUAUAACUAAUGGUUUUUAAUGUCAUAAAACAAGUAAAUCUAGACAUGCAACGGUUCAACCGAUCAAACAUCAGUUCCGACUCUCUGGAUUCGAGCUACAGAUCGUUUAGAGAGCCAGCAGGAAGCUUGCCUUGUACUCCUUUAUCAAAUUCUUUAUGGGAUAUCCUGAACAGUGUCCCCGCCAAUACGAAAUUCCUCUUGAUUUUAUGUGGAGACUGGCCGGAGCCCGUGGAAAAGAAUGGGUGCACUGUUAUCAAGGUAAGUGGAAGUUGUGAGUUGAUGAACUAAUGUUAUGUGUUAUGAAUAGUAUAAUAUGUUAUGUAUAAUGUAAUUGGUUUCAGUUGCCAUCUGAUGGCCGAGUAGGACAAGUGCUCCGAGCAAUCUUGAAGACAAAUCUCUUUGAUCGCGCCGAACAUGUUAUAUUGGCACCGAGCAAGUCCUGGUGUGAGAUGGAGCGAGAUGUUGAAGUGGGUGAUAUUAUUAUAUAACUGAAGUGUUUGUAGAGACAUAAGGUCAAAUCAAUAAUUCUUAAAAUUUUAGUCUGUGGUCCAUGGAUUGAAAGAGUUCUCGUGGUCGAUCAGGGACUCCUACAAGUAUGACCCCAGGCCUAUCAAUCGGACCUUAUCCAUCCUUGGUUUCCCUGGACCCUCGGGAAAAUUAAGGCGAUUCAAUGAAACGUCGUGUUAUUAUCUGGGAAGAGAGAGUUACAUUGAUCUGGACAUAUUUAGACCAGAGCAGAGCUUGGAGGGCGACAGGUUGAUCCAAGUUUUGUUGGAAGGGGCUGUUUCUGGAAUAAUCCGUAUGAUGAAAUCCAUGGAUUCGAACCCCAAUUGA